AUCGUAUGAGGACGGGAGCAGAAAAUUAGUCAUUUUUUUAAUCUGCUUCUGAUAAAAAUUGUUUACAAAUCCACAGUGGUGGAAUGGUGGGGAAAAGAAUAAAAUGAGUGGCCAUCACGUGGCCCGGCACCUGCAGCCACCUGGUUGCUUCCCUGGUGCUGUUUUGGGGCAGCAGCAGGGCCUGGCAGCUGCCUGCACUUCUGGCUUGUAAUCAAAGUGACCUCCUAGGGCAAAUACAAACAGGCAGCUGGAAAUCUGCCUCCCUCCAGAAGCUUCUCUUCCCCAAGAAAAGCAGUUCUUGCUCAAGGAAAAGCCCAUUUUUUCUGUUACCUGGUGGUGCAACUGUUAAUGCAGGUGGUUGGCAGCAAAGCUCGAGAAGAGGAGGGUUGUAUUUGCAAGUGGAGCAAUGAGACUGUCCCCCAGCUGUUGGGUUUUUUUGACUGAUGGUAAAGAGCUGGGUGGACUACAGCAGAGGUGAUGCUGGGGGUGAGGUGAAGGCUUUUAGGUUUAUUGCCUGGUGGGUUUUUCUGAACUAGGGUGAUACUGGCAUAGUAGGAUAUUGGGAAUGAGAUGCUGUGUUAAGGUUGUGAUGUCCCUUCCAAGCAGGAACUGGAGGGUGCAAGGAGCACUGGAGGUUUACCUCAGAUGAGGAUGAACCUUCGUCUUGUCGGCUUCCCUGUGAGCCCAGAGCUUUGGAGGAAGAGGGCAGCCAGGCUGGUUUUGGGUGGGAGCUGAUCCUCCCUUGGAAGGCAGGAGGGAGCAGCCCCCAGCUCUAUUUAGCACCCUCUUCAGGGAGACAGAUAACAUCCUGUAUCUGGCAGCGAGCUGGGCACAAUGACUCCCAAAUACCCCAGUUGUUACAGUGAGUGAUCAGUUAGUUAACAGGGACCCCCUGUGCUUGCAAAGAUCUAAGGAAACAAUAAAAUCGACUGGGUUUUGGGGUGCUGGGGAAUGUGAGAGGGGGAGAUGCAGCGAGGACAACGCCCUGGCUGCUUUUUUGUGGGGGUUUCUCUCACACGAGGAGAAAAGCUGGCUGCCACCGCUCCCAGCUUUUUGGCAGUGGUGUGCCACGUGCUGGCUGCUGGUAAAUGAUUGCCCGGGAGCGCCAGCCAAGGCGGGGCCAGAGGUUGGUGCGGGGUUUGAACCCAGACGGGUGCCUGGGACCCGUGUGCCGGCAGCCAUCCUGCUUCCACAGCCCGCAGUGUUCGGCAGCCACUGGAUUUCUCUGGCAAGGCAGCCUGUCCUGCAAUGACCCAGUGCACCUGAGGCCCAGCAGUCGUGGGGAUGGAGCUGAAGGUCUGGGUGGAUGGGAUCCAGAGGGUUGUGUGCGGUGUCUCAGAGCAAACUACCUGCCAAGAAGUGGUCAUUGCCCUGGCACGGGCCAUCGGUCAGACAGGCCGCUAUGUGCUGGUGCAGAAGCUGCGGGAGAAGGAGCGGCAGCUGCUGCCGCUGGAGUGCCCCCUGGAGUCCCUGGCCAAGUGUGGACAGUAUGCCAACGACGUGCAGUUCAUCCUGCGGCGGACAGGCCCCAGCAUGACCGAGCGGCCCUCCUCAGAGGGUGCUCCGCAAGCUCCCGAGAGGACGUUCAUCCGGGCCAGUUUGCCCAUCAAGCCCAGGCUCACCAGCAUGGAUGCACCCCGUUCUCGGGAGCCAAAAAAAUCCAUGACCUUCAACUUGGGUCCUACAGGCUCCAGCGACCCGUUCGCUGUGAGCCGAUGGAGGCACCAAACACGGGAAGGGAUCGACUUGGAGGGUGGUGGGAUUGUCCAACCCUCCAAAGAGGAGCUGUUUAGGAGGGUGCUGCAGCAGCAGGAGCAGCUGCAUUCCUUGGAGGCCCAUGGGGACACCCUGGAAAUGGACCUACGGCUCUGGGAGCGCAGCCGGCUUGCCGGCCAGGAGAAUGAGAUCCUCUAUCUGGAGCAACUGGUACGAAGGAAUGAGACAGAGCUGGGUGAGGAGGAAUUUUGGCAGAGCGAGCUCCGGCUGGAAAAGGAGUGUGAGCGAGAGCGGCAGGAGCGGGUUAGAAGCCUGCGGGCCAGCCUGGAGGAGUACACCCAGAGGAUCUUUGAGCUGAGUGCCCGGACUGAAGCCCUGCAGGAGGAGAUCCAGUGGGAGAUGGCUGAGAGGGCCAAGAGAGGAAAGGAGAUCUCUCUGCCCAGCCCCAUAGAGCUGGAGGACAUGGCCACCAAAAUGAAAAGGGACCUGGAGGCCAAGGUCAAGCAAGGCACCCAGCUGGAGAGCAACCUGGCCAGUGUGGAGAAGGCCCUGGAGGAAGCUGAAAAGAACUUGCAGGCCCAGACCCAAGAGCUGGAGGAGUUAAAUAAGGAGCUGAGGCAGUGUAAUUUGCAGCAGUUUAUUCAGCAGACGGGGGCCACGGUGACUGUCCUGCAGGCCAGGUCUGAGGAGGAUGCCCAGCCGGAGCCGAGCCCGUGCGAGCUGCCAGCCUACCGGAGAAACGGAGGUUUUCCUCCCACCGCUGGUACCGACUCGCCUCCCCGAGUCAGCACCAAGCAGCUCCUCAGCCAUCCCAGGACCCUGCCGGAGCCCCUGGUGUCCAGCCUGAAUCCUGAGGUUGUAUCAACCAGGCAGAGCAUCUGGAGGUAGAAGGGCCCAGGCAGUGGAGGAUCAAUUGCUUUGCAAGUGUAACUGUAUAAAUAAACCAUAUUAUAUAUAUAUUUUAUAUUUUUUUUUUUACUGCUUUAUAUCGUGAAUGGAUGUGGACGGCCAGACAGAGUAUUUUUACAGACUAUAAAAUAAAACCAGAGACUGACGACACAAAGGAACCAUCUUCCCCUGUGGAUGAAAGUGACCCCUUUCUACUUUUUUUAAAGCAAUUUCUAUAUUCAACAGAAAACAGCGGUGCUCCCAUUCUGCGUAGCCUUCUCAAAAGAUCCAUCGUACAUUUGGAAAAGUCCUUGUUCCUUUGACUAAGGGAGCAGAGCUGCAGUGGAGACCUGCCUGGAGACUCACCUGGAUGGAGCAAGUUAACAGAUUUUACAGCAUCUGGUCGCAGCAAGCAGGGCCAUGACAAAUAGCCUCUUUGCUGGCUGCAGGGGAGGCACAAGAGCAGCUUUAAGACAAAUUUCUGGCCCCUCUUUUCUUAUAUAUAUUAUAAGAAACCUGUAGUAGAAGCCCAUUUUCCAUGGUGCCAUUGGACCACGCUUGAAGGGAGCAAUGGAGCACAGAGCAGGAGCUUGUUUUUCUCAUAUCCACUCAGUUUUUCAACUUGUUUUUAAAAUAAAAAAUUGCAGAAUAAGCCCUUCCUCAGUGGUGAUGUGAGUGGGGAGCAGGACCAAAACAUUCUUGGUGACAUUUCCCCUGGGGGUUUUUUUGAUUCUUUUUUCUGUUUGUUUUUUUUAACUCUUGAUGGCCAGUAGCUACUGUUUUGUUCAUCUGUCCUCUGUCCCAGUGGGUUGCCUUGUAUUUUAAUUGCAAAACCAAAGCGGUUUGGGGAGGGAAUGAGUUUGUCCAGAUCCUCAAGCCUGUUUUCAACGCGUCAUAUGCAAAAAACAUGACUUGGGCACAGCGUUCACCAUAAAAUCCUGCUUUCCCUGUGCGAAUGUAAUCCUGUGUGCUGCAGAUCCAGUUUUCAAUAAAUCUUUGGGAAAGGAUUUGAGCCAAGUGAGCGUGCUGUUGUGGGCAGGGUGAGCCAUCUCUGACAGCUCCUGGUCUGGUGCCUGACGGACACAUCUGAGCUGUUUGUGCACCCUGCAGCUGCCUCUUUCGUUUCCAAGCCAUCUCUUUCUAUUUGCUGAAUUAAAGCUGUAAGUAUUUUAUAACCGACUGAAUCUUAUGCACACAGUGCUCUUUUUUCUUUUUUUUUUCUUUUUUUUUAAAAUCACAAAGUGCUUUACAGCCGGCGGAUGCAGCUUGUCUCCGGUGAGAUGUGGCCAUCUCUGGGAUGAAACAUGACAACCUUUUAAUAAUGCACAGCAGCAGCUCGGAGCAUUUUAGGACAGGAGGCAAAGGGGAUGGCGGUUGUCUGCAGAUAGGAGCAGGUAAGGGGAAACCUCCCAUUUGCCUUCAAGCCCCUUUGUCUGCACCUGGAUAACAGCAGCCAAGAGCGUCAGCUCUUGCUGUCCAUCAGCAUCUCCCCUGAGACUGCUGGGCUCUGUCCCCAGGGACAUGCCCCUCUCAAAGCCAAUUUUCAAGGUGCUACCACAGCCACCAGGUUGGUCAAGUGAUAUUGAAGGAUUAAAGUUUGUUUUGUUGGGAGAUCACUGGUCUCAGGUUACCACUGGACAGCUGCUGCAGUGAGGAAAUGCAAUUUUGAAGUUGUCUUUUUUGAAUUGGGGCUUUUGGGUUUUUUUUGGGGGGUUCUUUUUCAAGUUCCUCCUCACCUCCCUCCUUAAACCAUGUAUCUCAGGGAAAUUAGUUAAAAAUGCAUUUGCUCCAUGCAGCUGCAUCUAGUUUCUCCCAUUUGCCUCUUUUUUGGACUUUGUGCACUCAUUUUUUUGGACUCUCUUGCUUUUUAAAAAGAUUCCACCUCGCUAAGAGAAGUGGAGGGUGAUGGAGGUUGUAAAGAGCAUUUCAGUGCUGCCUGGGAAAAACACCCAAGAAGUGGGUUUAGAAAACUCACUUGCCUUGGAUAUGGCUAGAUUUUGGAAAGUCCUCUGCAUGCCCUGAAAAACUGACCUCUGCAGGUUAAAAACUGGAUCUUUCAUUUUUGGGGCUACAUUUGUAGCUUUGCCUUCAGCAAAAUAAAUGGUAAUCAAGAGAAAAGGGUCGUCACUUAUGGCACUUCCUAUUGGAAAAAAACAGGGGCAGAAAAUUAAUUUGAAUCUGAUUUUGUGGGGGAUUUUGCCCUCUGUUAUGAUUAUAUAUUAUUUAUUGUUGUUGCGGGUUACUUCUGUUCAGUCAUGAUCUCACAGGUCAAACCAGCACCAGUCUUUCCUGGAGGGAGGUGUGGUAGGGUGUGGAAAAUGAAAGUUUAAAAUAUAUAUCUCACAGCAGAUUUUGGCCCCUCAGCUGAUGCCCCUUGGCUGGGAUGCAGGAUUUGGAACUGUUGCAUGGGAUGGGAGACAGUGUAACUCGACCGUGUCCUCCGCAGAGGUCUGAUAAUCAGGCAGGGGCCUAGAAAGAGUACUGUAGCCAGGGGUUAACUCUUGUUUUUUCAGCUCAAGACUGUGGCACUUUGCAGAUUUUCUUCAUUUUGUGUCCUACAAACCAUCGCCCAGCUGCUGCCUAGGCAGCAGUGUUUUGUAAGGCAAUAAAUUACUUUGAUUAACACCUCUGUCCCUGCUGUGGUGCACGUGGCGGUGGGGGGGAGAGGCGUUAAUCAAACCCACACGUUACCUCAGGAGCUCCCCAGCCGUGGGUGACCUAUAUUCCUCCCGGCACGGGGGGCCUGCGAUGGCAGGGCGAACGUGCAGGUCCCCGCGUGUUAUUUAACUGAGGGAGGCUCAAUACCCACUCUGGCUCCCCCGCCCUCCCGCUUUUAUCUGCUCCAAAGCCUGUGUCAAUAAUACAUUUCUGCCAUUGAAUAUUUUAUUGAUGGUUUGACUUUUUUUGCUGCUCGCAAUUCCCAUUUCAAGGCUGCGUGAUUGUUCCUAAUUAAAAUUUUAUGCCCUGGGACAA